AUGGCACCUAAGGCAGAAAAAAAACCAGCUUCCAAAGCUCCCGCAGAGAAGAAGCCAGCAGCAAAAAAGACAUCGUCGUCUGAACCAAAGAAGAAGACCAAAACCAGAAAGGAAACAUAUUCAUCCUAUAUCUACAAGGUGUUGAAACAAACACAUCCAGAUACAGGUAUCUCUCAAAAGGCUAUGUCAAUUAUGAAUUCUUUUGUUAACGAUAUCUUCGAAAGGAUUGCCAGCGAAGCAUCUAAAUUGGCUGCAUACAACAAGAAGUCUACUAUUUCAGCAAGAGAGAUUCAGACAGCCGUUAGAUUAAUCUUGCCAGGUGAAUUAGCAAAGCACGCCGUUUCAGAAGGAACCAGGUCUGUUACCAAGUACUCAUCUGCUGCUAAUUAA